AUGUUUCAAAAUGUUGAACAUUUUGUGACUGUGCAGCUGAUUUUUCACACCAAAUGUGGGCGAGCACAACGGCAAGGUGCUGGUGCUGGUAGUCCACACCAGCAACAUUCCCCAUCCCCUUCCCGAUCACCCUCCCCCUCUCCUGCCCAAUCCCCCUCUCCUGCCCAAUUCCCCUCUCCUGCCACCUCCCCCUCUCCAGCCACCUCCCCCUCUCCUGCCCAAUCCCCCUCUCCUGCCCAAUCCCCCUCUCCUGCCACCUCACCCUCUCCAGCCCAAUAUCCCUCUCCUGCCCAAUCCCCCUCUCCUGCCACCUCCCCCUCUCCUGCCACCUCACCCUCUCCUGCCCAAUCCCCCUCUCCUGCCCAAUCCCCCUCUCCUGCCACCUCACCCUCUCCAGCCACCUCCCCCUCUCCUGCCCAAUCCCCCUCUCCUGCCCAAUCCCCCUCUCCUGCCACCUCACCCUCUCCUGCCCUAUCCCCCUCUCCUGCCCAACCCCCCUCUCCUGCCACCUCCCCCUCUCCAGCCCAAGCCCACUCUCUUUCCCAAUCUCCCUCUCCAGCCCACACCACCUCUCCAGCCCAAACCCACACUUUUUCCAAAUUCCCCUCUCUGCCCCCCUCACCCUCUGUGUCCGUAAAAAUAACACCACCACCCUCAUCCUAUCAUUCCUUAACCCACUCUGCAAGUCCCUCCCCCUUACAUCCAGUCACACAAUGGGACCCUCCUUCCCCCAUCCUGCCUCCUUCCACCAUCCAGCCUCCAUCCCCCAUCCAGCCAACCUCACCCCUCCAGCCUCCAUCCCCCAGCCAGCACCUAACCCCCAUCCAGCCUCCAUCCCCCAGCCAGCCAACAUCACCCCUCCAGCCUACAUCCCCCAGCCAGCACCUAGCACCCAUCCAGCCUCCAUCCCCCAGCCAGCAAACAACGCCUUCAGAAUGGGCAGCAGAGGCCCCAGAGCCACUCGAGGGAGGUUGUGAAGUGUCAGAGGAUAAUGGUGCCAUUGGAGAUCCCACAAGGCUGGCAGGCAUCGUUGCCAAUUUGAAAUUCAAAUUGGAGGCCAUGUUGGCGGAAGUAAAUGAUUUGGCCAAUUUACUUUAAGUUUAAAAAAAAAAAAAAAACGUUUAAAAAAAUGUAA